AUGGCUUCUGGCCCCUUCAGCCACCCCAACAGCAGCUCCUCCUCCUUCAUCCUUGUGGGUGUCCCCACCCUGGAAGCUUUCCCCAUCUGCCUGGGCAUCCUUUUCUGCUCAGCAUACGUCCUCGCCCUGCUAGGGAAUAGCACAGUUCUGCUGGUCACUGUUCUGGACAGGUCCCUGCGGGACCCCAUGCACUGCUUCCUGGCCAUGCUGGCCGCCAUCGAUGUGCUGAUGGUGACGUCCAUCGUCCCCAAGCUGCUGGGCAUUUUCUGGUUCCAUUCCAACCGGAUUGGUUACACCGCCUGCUUUGUUCAGAUGUUCUUCGUUCACUCCACGACAUCAGAGGAGUCAGGAGUGCUCCUGGCCAUGGCUUUUGAUCGCUACGUUGCCAUUUGUCAGCCCCUCCGGUACAGAAUGAUCCUGAAUCGACAAACAGUUGCCCGGAUCUGCCUGGCCAUCGUGGUGAGAGCACUGCUUUUCAUGGUCCCGUUGACAGGGAUGGUGACAAACCUCCCCUACUGCCGUUCCCUCGUGGUUCCCCAUUCAUACUGCGAGCACAUGGCUGUCACCAGCCUUGCCUGCGCAGACCCCAACCCCAGCAGACUCUACAGCAUAUCUAUGUCCUCUCUCAUAGUAGGGAUGGACACAGCUUUCAUUGCUGUGUCCUAUCUGAUGAUCCUGAAAGCCGUCCUGGGCAAGGAAACUUGCAGGAGGGCCUUCAGCACCUGCGGGUGCCACAUCUGUGUGAUGAUGCUGUACUACAUCCCCGGCCUGCUCUCCAUCUACGCGCAGCACUUCGGCCAAGCUGUGUCUGUGCGUGCACAGGUUCUGCUGGCCGACCUCUACCUCACCGUCCCUGCCAUGCUGAACCCCAUCAUCUACAGCAUGAGGACCAGGCAGAUCCAGAAGGCAAUGCUCAACUUGCUGCUUCCCAGGAAGGCUCAGGCCUGUCACAGCACUCAGUGA